AUGGUUUCUGCUGACGAAAAAUACCUGAAGAAGGUAAGCCUGGCGUCCGACGUCCACGCGAUUUGCAUCCAACACGCACUGACAACAGAAAAACAAGAAAUCAUGGGGCUGCUUAUCGGCGACGUCGACGAAGUCCGAAGCGAAGCCCACAUAACGGCUUGCAUGAUACUGCACAGGAGCGACAAGCAACCGGACAGAGUGGAAAUAUCUCCGGAACAACUUUGCGAGGCUACGGUGCACGCCGAGAACCUGGCCGCCACUCUAGGCAGGCCUAUGAGAGUUAUAGGCUGGUACCAUUCGCAUCCCCAUAUUACUGUUUGGCCCAGUCAUGUAGACAUAAGAACCCAAGCUACUUAUCAAAUGAUGGACAAGUUUUUUGUGGGCUUGAUAUUUUCCGUUUUCCAAAGCGACCCUCGUACCAGAAACAACCAGAUUCAGUUGACAUGUUUUCAAGCUCAAACUUUGGAGAAUGGUGAAUAUGAACGUCGCGAUGUACCAUUGUUGGUCGUGCCUUCACCCUUGCAAAAUCACAAUUUGGAAAGUAUUACCAGUCUGCCGAAAAUCCUUAACCAAGAAGAAAUUGAAACACAUAGCGCAAAUGAUAAUGAAACUAGUUCGGAUUUACUAGACAUAUUGCAUAACGAUGCUAUUAAGACUCUGGCUUUGGGUCAUAUUGUUACUAAAGUUUCCAGGCCCAUGUUAGAGGAUUUGACUGCCAGGCUUGAGGCAACAAAGUUAAGGAUUAAGGAACUGGAACGUAUUAAAAAUAAUUUAUUAGCCAAUAAAAAACAAUAA